ACUUGAUGUACGCUGUGUGCUCUCUCCCCUCUAGCUUCUAGCGUCUUCUCCGGUACCGCAACUUCGACGAUGGCUCCUACACCAGCGGAGGCAAUCAUGCAGGGUCCUCUGUGCGGGACGUUAGCGACGAUGAUGCUCUAUGGGAUCAUAUGCAUGCAGACGUUCCAGUACUACCAGAACUAUGAGAGGGAUCGAAAAUUCAUGAAAGUACUGGUCGCUUGGGUCUGGGCACUGGAGACUGCGCACACAGCACUUUCGAUACACUACGUGGAGCAUUACUUGAUCUUGAACUUUGGCAACGACGAGCUGCUCAACUAUGCUGUUUGGAGUAUGGGCGCUUCGUAUUUCAUCGGGUUCUGGAUUGCCUAUCCUGUGAACCUGGUUUUUGUAUGGAGAAUCUGGCUACUUAGCAGGAAGCGUUGGAUAGCUGCAUUCUUGACAUUCAUGGCUACAGCUCGACUGGGACUCGGCCUGUCAAAUUGUUCCACUAGCUUCCGCUACCCAGCCUGGGUCGUAUUCCGGCAGCAUAUACAUGCGACGAUGGUCUCAGGCUGGACCGUGUCUGCAUGCACAGACACGCUCAUCGCCAGCACGCUCUGUUUUUAUCUGCAUAGACAGCGUACCGGAAUGAGGCGCACCGACACUAUUAUCAAUGAGCUCCUGCUGUAUACGAUCAACACAGGGCUUGUGACCUCACUCUUUGCGAUCGCUGUGCUCAUCACGUUUCUCGGAUCCUCAAAUUUGGCGUUCAGCGCCUUCGUGCAAACACAAAGCAAACUGUAUGCCGUAUCUCUGCUGGCGACCCUGAACACACGCAAGCAAACGCUCAAACGCGCCCGACACGCCACACCGACGGGCGAGAACUUCGCGCUCACCGCGCCCGAGGGCGGAAUCGAUCUCCCACCAUCCAGCACAUUCAAGCCCAUGAACACCGCCUCCAUGCUCCCCCCGAUCCGCAUCGCCCGCCCCUCCGAGCUCAGCUCCUACUCCACCCCCGACUACGCCUACACCUACGCCUACAGCACGAGCGGCGACACAGGCAGCACGGACCCGCACGACCCCGAAAUGGGCCGCCUGAGCGCGAAGCGCGCUGCAGAUCUAGAAUGGGGUGAUAAUAAUAACAGCGGCGGCAGCUACGGGAUCCAGGAGGUGCCGCGAACGGCGGUGCCGAUGACGACGGGGAGGGCCCGGACGCGGACCUCUGCCGCGGGCCUGCAUGCAGCGGCGUGUCCGCAGGUGGACAUGGUGCUCACGACGGCGAGUCUCGGGGGCGUGCGGCGGCACAUCGAUGCCGUCGGCUUGCGGGGGGACGACGAAGCUCCGUUUGGGUGAGUGGAGGCUGAGCGUUUGUAUGUAGUUUGGGUGUAUGAGUGUCCUUAGACCGGGGAAGGUCGAGGCCAUGGUGGCGGGGUUUAGUGUAUCAUAUGUUUAUCGAUCCCCACCUCUGAGCUAUUCAUGUGAGGAGCUGUCUUUC